AGUUUUAAAUAUUUUGUAACAGAACUAACCGUGAUAGCAGCCCCUCUUACCGGGCGUGAUAUCCUUAUUUGACUAUACUAAUAUUGCCAUGACGGACUCCUUCAAGUUAUUAGAUUAAACACUGACGUAUUUACUUUUGCAAAUUAAUAAAUUAUACAAAUUGUGACCUUAAUGUGAUAAUUUUAUGAAUUUGUUACAUUCCGAUGACAUCUUUGGCAUUAAAAGUAAAACUGUUAAGAACAUAUUAUUUAACCCCGACGAUCAAUGGACGGGGAUACUGGAAAGUUACGCGGUUAUUGUAACGUCAAGUACAAAGUUGAAAAUGAACGAGGAAGUUUUGCCGGCAUCCGUUUUAAUCAUAAUAAAUCAAAGCAUCGAGAGAAAAAGAAACAAAACCUUAGCAGAGAGACUGAAGAAGCUACAAACGAUAGAACAAGUGAUUUGGCCUAUGUGUCUUUAAAGAAUGACGAAAAAUCAAGUCUUGAAUCAAAACAAUACACAAAACGUGCACGGCGGAAAGAAUUCACUGGAAAGAAGUCUAUUGAUUUUAAGCCUUUAAAAAGUAUUUUGUCAUCAUUUAGUUUUUUGGGCAAAGAUAAGAUUAAUGAAAUAACAGCUAUUGAUUCUCAUAACGUUGUUGUGGUCAACGAACACGAAAUCCGUGACAUAAAUGUGGAACAUCGAGUUAAUAACGAAGUUAAAGUAUUGUACGAACGUGACGUUAACGAAGAAGAGAAAGAACAAAAUAUCUCACAGAAAAAGUCUGGUAUUAAAAAAGAACGAACUAAAAAUAGCCAGAUUAGUUUAUUUGGGUUUCAACGUUGUAUUCAACGAAAACGUCAAUUGAACUACAAUUUAAAUGUAUUUUAUAAGUUCCUACAAAGUGAUGCGAAACGUGACAAAUGUUUAUGCUGUAAACAUUACUCACUUGAAGAUGUUAAUUCAGAAAAACCUAAGAAGAAGUCAUCUUUCGUUCAAUCUCAGAGUGACAACCCUGCUGCCCCUAAUUUACUUAAAGUGACUGAGCGCACCACCGUGUCUAACAUAUACCUAUUAAAGCCAAAAGACGCCAAGAAAACUGAAAGUAUAAAAAAGUAUGAAAUCCCUUGCAGUUGUUUGGAACUAGAUACACGAAAGUCUAUUUUGAAAAAGAGCGAUGGUUUUGAUAACGUCAAUGUGCAGACAUUAAAAACUAAAAGUAAAGAGAAAAACAUUGCUACUGCUGACCAUACGAAGACGAAAUCUUUUUCGGGAGGACCGACUGCUGUAAAUGUUUGCGAACCAACAAGGAUAUGUAAGAAAUGGAUCAAAGUUGAACCAAAUGUAUGUGAUACCUGCAAACAAUCUAAACAUGCUGGCAUAUUUGGUUUAUUUUGUGCCGCAAUUAAAUAUUUUCUUUUUAUUACGAUUGUAAUUAUAUGGUUACCUUGCCUUUUAAUUUUAGGCCUUGUAUGGUUAAUUACUUAUCCCUUUCGACCCCAUCAUGAUGCAAAGAGCAAAAUUAAAAAGAAAGAAACUAAAAAACCGAGUAAAAAUAUAAAAGAAAUGAAAUGCGCUUACUGUAAGAAUAAAAAGAAAUGUUAUGCAAUGUUCAAGAAAAAUAAAGCUACUUCUUGUAUAACUAAUAAGAAGAAAAUGAAAGGUACAGAUAGUCAGAAAAAGUCCUCGAAGUGUACACAAUACACGACAACAACAACGACUAAAUUGCGUCUUCCCGACAGUUCCACGAAUUUAGCGGUGUUACCAUGCGAAGGAGCUCCGUCGUCUUAUGUUGGAAAGAAAAGCCAUAAAAGUGUUACAUUUAAACAGUCUAGUAAAAGUAGAGGUAUAGAAACCUCUUCAAAUGCAAGCAAAAAUAAAUAUACCACUUGCAGUGGGUGUUGGAAGAAAAAAAGUAGUACUAAAAAAUCGAUAGACAACAGUUCAGAUAAGAAACAAGAUAAACAAGGGAAAGACAAACAGAUAGAAAGCGAUACGAAGCAAAAACAAAAAUUGAAUAAAAAAUGCCAAGAAAUUUUAAUUAAAAGCACUCGAGGAAAAAAAAGUCGGGAUGGGAAGGUUCAGAUUUGCGGACCAAAAUCUUUAACUAAAGUGCUCCAGACGGCUAUAUGUGGAGCAUGUUCAAAUACUAAUGAAUUUGCAUGUAUUUCUAAAUUGCCUAAGAAUAAAAGUUGUAAUAACAUCGACACUAAAUCCGGUAAGAGCACGAAAAGGAGAAAAUUAUCCAAUCGUUGGUGUUCAACCACCACACCUACUAAACAUAUGGCUGUAUCCACGACGUCUGUUAUAAAAUGUGUCCACCCGCCUUGUCCAGGUGGAUGUGUUCAUACUCAAGCUACAAACAAUCAGGCUGCUAAAGGAGAUAAAUGCGAAAAAAAUCGGACAAAAGUGAUGAAAUUUUUUCCAGCACCUCAUUGUAAGACAAAUACUGUAGGUAGUGGCAUCAAGCUACGUGUAUGUAGUACUUCUAAAUCUACGUUGGCCCCUUAUUCGUCAUGCUGUGAUCGUACUAUCUGCGGCAAAAAAUCGUUUAAAAUUAUUUCAGUGCACAAGUUGUUCCCACCUGUCCGACCGCCUUCACGUACGGUAUCAUGUAAUACCAUAAAAUCCAAAAUUUGUUCGGUUCCUAAAUCAAAAGAAAAAAAACAAGAAGACAAUGUGGUACAAAAAGAGAAGAAGGCUAAAAAAAUUGAAAAAGAAAAGGAAGGCAAGAAAAGUGGAAAGGAAGAAGAAAAGAGCAUUAAAAAACGUGAGAAAGAAGACAAGAAGGAUACCAAGAAACGCGACAAAGAACCAGACAUAAGCGUUAAGAAACGUGAAAAAGAGGCAAAGAAAGACGUCAAAAAAUCUGACAAAGAAUCAGACAAGAGCGUUAAGAAACGUGAAAAAGAGGCAAAGAAAGACGUCAAAAAAUCUGACAAAGAAUCAGAUAAGAGCGUUAAGAAACGUGAAAAAGAAGAAAAGAAAGACAUCAAAAAACCUGACAAAGAAUCAGACAAGAGUGUUAAGAAACGUGAAAAAGAGGAAAAGAAGGUCGUGACGAAACAAGAAAAAGAACAAAAAAAAGACGUCAAGAAACCUAACAAACAAGAAGACAAGAACAUUAAGAAACGUGAAAAAGAAGAAAAGAAAGACAACAAAAAACAAGACAAAGAAGAAAUUAAGAGCGUUAAAAAACGCGAAAAGGAAGAAAAAAAGACUGUUAAGAAACGUGACAAAGAAGAAGACAAGAGUGUUAAAAAACUUGAAAAAGAAGAAAAAAAGAAAAUUAAUAAACCCGAGAAAGAGAAAGAAAAGAGUGCGAAAAAAACUGAGAAAGAAAAACAGAAGUCCGUUAAAAAACUGGAGAAAGAAGAGAAGAAGGCUAAAAAAACCAAAGAAACUAAAGUACAGGAAAAGUCUGUUAAGAAAGAAGAAAAGAAAGGUAAAAAUCCUGACAAAGAAAAAGGGAAUUCUGGUAAGAAAAGUGAGAAAGUAGAGAAAAAAGAUAAAAAAUCUGACAAAGAAAAAGAGAAGUCUGUUAAGAAAGAAGAAAAGAANNNAAAAUACUGACAAAGAGAAAGGUAAUCCCGG